UUGAGAAAGGGAAUGCGGUUAGUGUGUGCGGACCGAUUAUUACACUGCUUAUGUGCUAAGGUUGUGCAUCUCUACAUUUUCGUUUCCUAGCCUUACCUUCGUACCUCAAAACUGUCGACAUGCUGAUUUUCAUUCGAUCACCAAUGUAAUGGUCUAUUCACGGAAACCAAUUCAAGACCCACUCUUCUUACCUUUGCCAACCAAGAGGAUAACAACUUUUUUUUCUCAGUAAGCGGACUCCAGCAAGCUGCCAUCCGUGCCAUAAGUAACUGUCCAGCGGUGUGCCAAGACGGAUACAUCGGUGGGAGGAUCCUUGUGGCCGGAAAAGAACACCUUCAUUUUCAUCCAGGUGUGGCAAUGAUCCAAGGCAUAGUGAUUACAAUACUCCGAUUCAGAGGACACCAGUACUGUGCCAUCGCAGUGAACUGAGGUGGAUCAUUGUGCUGGAUUGUUAACAGCAGAGCUGGACUGAAGCUCAUGUAAAGGUCAUGGAAAGGAUGACAUUGAGUGCAGCUCAGAGAUGAGAAGGUGAAGGCACAUGUGAAGAUGUCCCUUAAGAUAGUGAAAAUAUGGUUCAUUAGAGUGGUUCCCGUGGUGCUCUUCUUCAUCUCUUACUACUACACUCAGUUCUUCCUCCAGAGCAAUGCAGGGACUGCCAGGUCUCUCACCUCAAGCAAAACUGUGUGCGACAGCUGGAUGAGGUCGAGGAGAUGGGAGAGCCUCAACCUGAAUGUCACCAGAAAAACCAGUCUCUUCUUAAAGCUGGCUGACUUCUUCUGGCAGCAACCUCAGUCCACUCUACCAUUGCCAUAUGGAAUCAAGGGCAGUGAGCUGUUUCUCCUGAAGGUCUUGGCAGUCACAGCGAGCUAUGAAAUGCCGACCAGUAUUGAGAACCUGGACUGCAGGACCUGUGUUGUCAUCGGCAAUGGCUUUGCGAUCAAGAACAGUUCACUUGGGGCUGCUAUCAACAAGUAUGAUGUUGUGAUCAGGUUGAAUAAUGCCCCUGUGAGGGGUUAUGAGGACGAUGUGGGCAACAAGACCACCAUGCGUCUCUUCUACCCUGAGUCGGCAUCUUACAACCCCAGCCUCCACAACGACCCUGAUACCAUCAUGGUGCUGGUGCCUUUCAAGCAGCAUGACCUGCGCUGGCUGAAGGAGAUCCUUUAUGACGAGAAGAGGGUGAGGAAAGGCUUCUGGAAGCCUCCACCUCAGAUCUGGCUGGGGCACACCAGCCAAAUCCGGGUUCUGGACCCCUUUUUCCUGAAGCAGACAGCCAGCGCUCUGCUCAGAAUCCCUCUGCAGCCAAAGAGAAAUCAGAGGCCCGUUCACCCCACCACAGGGAUUCUGGCCGUGUACAUGGCGCUGAACUACUGUGACGUGGUGCACGUGGCAGGAUUCGGGUACCCCAAGUUCAGAGAUCAGAAGCAGCCUAUUCACUACUAUGGACAUGAGACUAUGAAGUCCAUGAAGGAUUCCAACCAUGACCUCCCCCAUGAAGCCGAAGCGCUGAAGAGACUGGAGGAUGCUGGAGCCAUUCUGUACCUCCACCCCCACUCCUGACACCUCCACCCUGAACUACUGCAGCUCUACCCUGAAAUACUGCACCUCCACCCUGACUGCACCCCUGCCCCUUUUUUUCACAUCCCCUACCUCCACCCUUACUCCAGGCACAUGCAUGCAUUUACACACACACGCCAGUGUAAGCACACAGACACACACACACACACACA